GGGACAGAAAAAGAAGAAAUCCAUUAUUCCAGCCCAAAUAGAAAACCGCUUAAACCUUGACAGCUAGUCCAGUCCUCUUCUCUGUGGAUUCGAAGAGGAGUCGCCUCGCUUUGGAAUCUCUCUAAACCUUACUGUCCGCACAGAGCACAAAGAAAAACCCUCCAUUUCCAUGGAUAUGCAGCAAAACGACUUCGAUCGGAUCCUCUUCUUCGAACACGCCCGUAAGACCUCCGAAGCCACCUACACUAAGAACCCUCUCGAUGCCGGUAACUUGACGAGAUGGGCUGGAGCUCUACUAGAGUUGUCUCAGUUUCAGAAUGUCGUAGAGUCAAACAAGAUGAUUCAAGAUGCAAUUUCAAAGCUGGAGGAGGCAUUGUCGAUUAAUCCUAAGAAACAUGAUGCUCUUUGGUGCCUGGGAAAUGCUCAUACUACUCGUGCAUUUUUUAAUCCGGACCAGAAUGAGGCAAAUCAUGGUUUUAAUAAGGCGUCGCACUACUUUCAGCAAGCCCUUGACGAGGAUCCGGGAAAUGAAGUCUAUCGAAAGUCUUUGGAAGUGGCUGCUAAGGCCCCGCAAUUGCACUUGGAAUUCCAAAAGCAUGGUUUUGGUCAACAGGUGAUGGAGGCCGCUGCUGCUGCUGGACCUUCUACUUCAUCAGGUGCAAAGGCUACAAAGAAAAACAAGAGCAGCGAUCUCAAGUAUGACAUAUUUGGUUGGAUAAUCCUUGCUGUCGGAAUUGUUGGGUGGUUAGGAUUUGCAAAAUCCCAUCCUCCUCCUCCUCCUCCUCCUCCCCCACAUCCGCGCUUUAGUUAGACAUAGUUUUUGGCACUCUGGAAGGUGGUUUGGAGAUGAAUCAUUCAUCAGCAGGUGGAGAUGUACAUUUGCAAUGGACUCAUAUCAUAUGUGGCAGACCAUCCAUAAGAUUAAAUAGUUAGCUUUGCCCUAGUGAAUAUAGUGAGGCUUCGCCAAUGUGAUUGAUGAUAGAUAACAAUUUUGCAUAUUUCUCAUAGUCAAAUAUUGAUGACGGUUGAGCAGCUGGUUUUGUGGA